AUGCAGGAUGCAGCAGCUGCCGACACAAGCGCUGCGUACUGGAGAGCCGCAGCUGCAGCCGCUGCUGCCGCGGCUGCAGCGUCGUACCUUCCGCAUGGACACGGCAACGCGCACGUGGCGUCUCAGGGACCUGGUGGUGUGGGAAUGGCCAUGCACGCGCCCAAUUUCCUCAUGCCACAAGCUUCCGCCGGUCACAUCGGGUCGCCGGCCCCGAACGCUAUCGCUGCGGGGACCAUGGCUGGCCUCGCCUUCUCCUCCUCCGCUGCCGCCGCCGCCGCCGCUGCGUCCGCUGGCGCGGCGAUGAUGCAGAACUCGUUGUCGAUGCACGCGCGCUUCUUCCCGUCUCUCCACCCGCACGCGGGCCUAUCGCAGCACCAGCUGCACCAACUGCAGGCCGGGAUUCCAGGCAUGGCGACACCGCAGGUGGUGCUCGGCGCGCACUCGCAGGCAUCCCUGCCGCACAUGGGGCUGCUUCCCGCUCAGCAGAUGGCCAUGCACGGGCAGCCCGGCAUGCUUCCUGGCCUGCCGCUCGCCUCCGACCCCAACUAUCUCGCGGCGCACCACCUGGCCCAGCAGCAACAGCAGCAGCAACUACAGCUGCAACACGAGCAGCAGCAACAACAACAGCAAGUCGCGGUCCUGACUCCCGUUCCGCCUCCUCCUUCGGUUUUACUAGGCGGUGCGCACAAGGCGCACAUGCAGGAGACGCAGAUCCAGAAGCAGCACGAAGCCCUUCCAGCGCAGCUGCAGCAGGUGCAGGGGUCGCAGCAACAAGAGCAACAAGCAGGCGACGCCACCAAGGGCCCAGCAAACGGAGAGUGGGGGGCCAAUGACGGCGACCUCGCAACCAAGGUGCGGAAGCCGUAUACGAUAACGAAGCAGAGGGAGCGGUGGACAGAGGACGAGCACAACAAGUUCCUGGAAGCCCUCAAGCUCUACGGCCGCGCGUGGCGCCGCAUCGAAGGCAAGCCCUUCCGUACCCUCGCCCCGUCCCAACUGCCUUCCUUCUCCCUCUUGGAGCGCGACGGCACCUCCGCCGCCACGUCGCAGAUGGACAUCGAGAUCCCCCCGCCCCGCCCCAAGCGCAAGCCCGCGCACCCGUACCCGCGGAAGGCGGGCUCCGCCAGCAGCUCGCAGCCGCAGGCGCCACAGCGGCAGAACAGCCAGCACAGCCUCUCCAAGUUGCAGCAGCAGCCGUCACCGCCGCUGCUGCCCCCUCCUCCUCCCCCUCCUAAAGCUCUGCUCCCCUGCAUGAAGCAGCUCCAGCUGCCACACCCGCCACCGCCGCCGCCUCAACCAAAGCAACGUGUGCAGCCGAACCAAGCGGCAGCACCGCAGCAGCAGGCGGUAGCGAGAGAGAAGGGUAAACACAAGGCCCGUCAGGCAACCUCCCAGCAGCGCGCCGAUGCAGAGGAAUCAGAGCCGCAGCAGCCGCGGUCGAGCAGGCAGGUGUCGCAGGGGCUAAGCUCGCAGCGCACGCAGUCGCAGACGUCGCGAUCGGCGCUGCCCGUGUCGUCCGACCAGUCGUGCGGCAACCAGCGCGCCGACGACGGACAGGAGUCCAAGUACGUCUUCUCCGCCCCCCCCGCCGCCGCCGCCGCUGCCGCACCGCACAGCAACGCCAAGGCGGAGGCCUGUGCGCAGCCGCCCGUUUUCACCUCCCCCUCGCCGCUCGCCUCUCAGCGCGACGCUGCUCGUGGCGACGCGUGCGUGUCGCCGUACUCGUCGCCGCCAACGGAGAGCGACAGCGGCGCGCGGCAGUCGCCGGACCAGCGCAGCACGCUGAAGCUGUUCGGCAAGACGCUCGCCACUCCCCCCGCCAUGCCACCCCCUCCCCCACCCCCAGCUGUGCCGUCCGCACCCCUGCCUCCCCCCGCCCCCCGAAGCAUCAACACCAGCGCGCCCGGUUCCGCUGCCGCCUCCAUGUCGCCCGACGGCAGCCCUGCGCGCUCGCCGCCGGUCCACCCGCCGCUGCUCUCCCUUGCAACACCCCCCCCGGAUGUUGCUCCGCCCUCUGGCGCGCAGCACUGGCGCUUCAAGCACUCGCCGGGUGAAGGCGGCGCAGCCGACGCACAAAAGGCGGAGUGCAAGGAGGAGGAAGAAGAGGAGGAAGAGGAGAAGGAGGAGGAGGAGUAUGAUGGGGAGGAGGAGGAGGAGGAGGCGGACGAAGGACCGCCCAUGGUGACGCGGUCGCUGUCGCUUCCCGAGCCACGAAGUGCCGCCGGCCUCGCGGAGGAGUCGCAGGGACUGACCCUCUCAGAAAGGCCGCAUGCCGCGCCAGCGGCACACGGGGAGCGGAUAGCGGAUGCUGGCGCAAGAGGCCGCGAGCAGCGGGGUAUAGCGGUAGCGCAGCGCGCGAUGCGGUCGUUGAGCGUGACGGGGCACGACGUGUCCACGUCAGCGUGCGGCAGCUUCUCCGAGCGCUCCGUGGUACUCGAGUCGGGCCUCUCCGUCGAGCCCCUCCCCGCCGCCACACCGCUGCCCCCGCCCGCGCCGCAGCGGGCGGACCGCGGCGGAGCAGCACCGACAGCGGCAGCAGGCGCGCACCCGAUGGCUCUGGGCGGUCCGCGCGAUGCUGCGCGCGCCGCUCCUGGCUCUGCUGCUGGCGCCCACGGCCACGCGCAGGGCGGCGAUGCAGUGCGCGCGGGAGCAGCCACGGCUGCUGACGCAGGCACGGGAGCGAACCUGAGCGUGGCACAGGCGCCGUACAUGAACCAGCUGUUCGCGUUCCCCGCCGCCCCUACCGCGCCCAACGCAGCAGCAGCCACAGCCGCAGCAGGCACGGUUGCCAUUGCGGGGCUCAGUCCGCCGGAGCUCGAGAAAGCGGCCAUUCCCGUAGAGGCUGGAGCGGAGGCAGGACGAGGAGAGGGGGAAGCGGCAGCGGGCGAGGCGAAUGAAGGGGCAGGCGUGGCUGCGGCGGAGGGUGGUGUGGCGAGUCCCACGCACGUGGUGUCCGCGUCGGGCGUGAACAUGGCGUCGCAGUGGUCGCCCUCCCUCAUGUCAUCCAUGGCCGGCCUCUCCAUGCUCAACGCUGCCGCUGCCGCCGCCGCGUCCGCCGCUGGCGCCAACACUGCCGCCGCUCCCCAUCGCCCCCCCUUCGACUAUGGUGCCGCUGCCGCCGCUGCUGCAGCUGCUGCGUCAGCGCGCGGCUCCACCACUUUCCAGGAAGCAGCCGCGUCAGCUCAGAUGGCCGCAGCUGCCGCAAUGGGCCUGCAGUUUCCUGGUUGUUUCCUGCCUGGGAGUGAGGAGGCGGUGCAGCAGCAGCAGAUGCUGUUCCCCACGCCCUUCCCCUUCGUGGACUUCCACACGCCCGGAUUCCACCCCAUGCACCACCCGGGCUACCUGCUCUCGCCCUACCGCGCGCCCGUGCCACACCCACACUCGGCGGCGGCGUUCCAGACCUUCGACUCGUACCUUCGUAUCUAUGGUCCCGCCUUCGCCUCCAUGGGCGCCUCUUCUUUCGCCGCCUGGCACGCCCCGCGCGCGCAGCAGCAACAGCAGCAACCGGGCCCUCCGCAGCUGCUGCCUGGCACUCACAGUGCUGCGGCGGCCGCCACAGCGGCUGCGUCCGCUGGGCUGUGGCCCAGUCUGCCCGGCAUGGCAGCAGGCUUGGCGCCGUUCCUCGCUCCUCCAGCGCCAGCAGAUGCGGCGGGCAGCCCUGCCAAGGCCGUAGACGCAGGCGCGGCGGGUGCAGCAGGCGCAGUUGCAGCUCCUGCCGCUGUGCCUCCACGGUUCGCUACUGCCGCUGCACCUGCCACGACACCGGCAGCCGGCAGUGCUGCCGCGGGAACAAGUGCUGCUGCCGCUGCUGGCGCGGGGGCCGCCAGCGCCACCCCAGUGGAUGCGCAACUCACGUCGCCGCCAGCGCCCCCGCGCACGCUGUCCGCGGGCGACGACCCCGCAGCAGCCGCCAUGGCCGUGACCAUGGCGGCCGCAUCCGCGUGGUGGGCGCUGCAGGGCUCCAUGCCGCCCGGCGUCUUCCUCCCCAUGUCACCCGCGCAGGCCUUCCGCCCCCCCUUCAACGGCAUUCCGCCUCUCCCUGCUGGCGCCGCGGCCGCCACUGCGAUGCAGAUUGGGUGGCCGGGCGCAGGGGAGGGGGAGGCAGGAGGGAACGGUGAAGGCGCGGGGACGGACGCGACAGGUGCGGCUGGCGGUGGUGCUGGUGGCGCUGCUGGCGCUGCAGAGGAGGGCUUUGCCAAUGCCACGUUUGCAGCACCCGAGCAACAGCAACAGCAGCUGCAGGAGCAAGAGCAGCAGCAGUGUGAGAUGGGGGGAGCGGUGGAGACGGGUGAUGACGGCGGCGAGGGGUCGUCAGGCAAGGCGAUUCCCGAGGGCGCGCAGGGCAAGGCGGAGGCCAACGACACGGCGUACAGCGCGUCGCAGAGCCAGGGCGGCGACGACGCCCUCGGCGACAACGACGGCGACGAUGCACGCGCGGAGGAAGAGGAGGAGGAAGAAGAGGAGGAGGACGUGGGCGGAGAGGCGGGCGAGGGGGAAGAAGAGGGGGGGUUUGUGGCGCUGGUGAGGAGCAGCGAGGUGGAGGGGCAGGAAGCGCUGCGCCUCAUGGCUAGCGAGCGAGAGGCGCUCGCCGCCAUGCUGCAAGGCGUCAACGCUGACGUGGAUGCUGAUGUGGAUGCUGACGUGGACGUUCAGGAGUCACAGCAGACGGUUGUGGGGUCGUCCGCGCCGACAGGAGCCAGCAAGGCGCUGGACUCGAGCACGGGCGCGGAGCAGGGCGGCAGGCGGGUGUCGUGGCACGGGCAGGGGCAGGAGGACGCGCAGGCGGAGAGGGAGGCAGGCAAGGCGCGGAGUGCAGGGGAUGCGCGGCCGCUCGCGCACGGGCACCGGUCGCAGCAGCACGGGGGGCAGCAGAGGGGCGGGGCAGGCGGCAGCGAGGGCGGGCAGGGGAGGAGUCCCGGCGAGGGCGGCAUGGGACCGUGCACUGACUCGUCGCCCUCCGUGUGGGCCUCUAACUCCACCCCGCCCCACCACGCCCACGCUCACGCGCCCAGACACGCUGCCAACGGCCACGGCGGGCACGGGCACACGCCUCAGAAGGAGGCGCAGAGGCGGCCGAGCGACCUGCAGAACGGCGUGGCGUUGGCAGCGGACGAGCAGCAGCGCGGCCACAACGCCCGCUACUCCACUCCCCAGCUCCCACGCAGCCCCCCUAGUGCUGCCGCCGCUGCUGCUGCAGGCAUUCCUAGGCCUUUCGGCUUGCCUGCCAGUCCCACGGACAAGCGUCCUGGCGGUGGUGCUGGCGGCGCCGCUGUGAAUGCUGCCACUGCCAUGGCGGGUGCUUCUGCUGCCGCUGCUGUCUCGAAGCAGGAGAAAUGGAGACUGCCCCGUGAGAGAGGGCGCACGGGACAUGCACAGGCGCACGAGCAUGCACACGCACCGGCGCACAACCACAACCAUGGCCACGGGCAUGGGCAAGCUCAUGCGGAGCGCAGAGGGCUCAACGCGAGUGGUGCGGCGGCGGCAGCAGCAGCGGGCGCGGCGGCGGCGGACAAGAGGGAGCAGUCGAACCUGAUCCGCAAGCUGCGCUCGCUCGAGAAGUUCAAGGUCCGCCACGCCAGCGCUGCCGCCCCCACCACCGCCACUGCCGCCGCCAGCGCCACUGGCGCUGCGACUGCGGCGGCUGACGAAGCGAGCGCGAAGAUGAGCGCGUGCGGCCCCGGCAUGGGCGGAGAGGGAGCGGGCUCGGGCGGAGGGGAGGGCAGUGGCGGGGACGGGAACGAGGGGGCCACCGAGGGACUGGGAGGCGGAGGAGAGGGGAGAAUUGCUGGUGCAGAAGGGGAGGGGGCGAAAGCAGGGGGAGGCGAGGGAGCGGGAGGGAAGGAGGGCGUGGGAAUGGCGGGCGAGAAUGAGGGGCCGCGGAGGAAGCGACUGCGCGGACACUCCGUCAGCGGCAGCAACACUCCACCUCCCACUACCAGACAAACACUGCCCUCCGGAGACACGCCUGUGCCGGCCGACGGUGGCGCGGGGGAGGCGGCAGCAGCAGGAGAGGGAGCAGAGCAGCAAGGGGAGGUGCGCGCCACCCCAUCGUCCUCAGGCAGUCGCGGGCAGAACGGCAAUGGCGGUGGCAGUGGCAGCGGCACCAAGCACGAGGGGGGGGGUGGGCCCGAGGGCUCAGGGGAGAACGGGCCAAGCUCCAACUCGUCUGAGUGCGGCAACGAGGCGGGCAGAGAGCGGCUGGGCGGGUCCAGUGACGGCGGCACGAGCGAGCGCGACGCGUGCAAGCGGCGCGAGCGAGACGUGUCUGAGGAGGGUGCCACUGCCAAGAGCGCCGUGAAACGACUCCCUGGCGGCGAGGCUGGCGGGGAGAGUGAUGGGAAGGACGUGGAGGGGAAGGAGGAGGAGAUGAAUGUGGGGGGUGGUGAGGAGGAGGAGAAGGAGGAUGAGAACAAUGAAGAGGCGGGUGCUGGUGAGCAAGCCAUGCAGGCAGAGAGGGCAGCGGAGGAGGGGAAGGCGAAUGAGAUGGAGAGAGGUGGUGCGGUUGAGGAGAGGAGCGCCAAGCGGAGGAAGGUGGUGGCAGCGGGUGCAGGCGAGGAGGGGUGCUCGCGAGUGGUGGGUGGGGCACCGCAGGGCAGCAGUGCACCCACUGCCGGCAGCAGGUCGCACACGCCCCUCAGCCUCUCCACCCCGCACGCCCUGCUGCUGGGGCUGGACGCCCGCCAUGCAGGCAUGCGUGCCGAGGGCCAGCAGCAUAAGGAGGGCGGUGGCGACAACAACGCUGCUGACGGGCUGGAGCAACUGCAGCUGCUGGGGAAGAAGCGCGCUGGGGUGGUCAGAGGAGCGAGUGGUGGUGCACACAAGGGCGAGGAGGGCGAGGAGGGGUCAGCGAAUGAAGCGAGGGGCAGUGCUGCUCGGCCCGGGCGCACAGAGACGUCUCAAGUGGUGGGCGCCGGGCGGCGCGAGCUGAGAGGCGACGGCCAGUCCGUCUUCCGACCGCUGCCCAUCCUCCCCCCCAAGGUGACGCCCCCACAUGCCCCUCCUCGCCUCCUCCCCCCUCCCCCCUCCAAACUUGCGGCCCCACGUGCGUGUGGGGUCGCGCAAGGGGAAGGCCCUCAGCCGGUUGCUGCCGCUGCUGCUGGCGCUGGCGCUGGUGGCGGUGGUGGUGACGGUGGUGACGGUGGUGGUGAGGCCGUGAGGGGUCAGGUGGGAGAGGGGGCACGUGCGGCCGUGAGGGUGGAAGGGGAGAUGGGAGGGCAGAAGGAGCAGGGCGAGAUGAGACAGCAGCGGAGAGGCAAGGAGAAACGGGCAUCAAGUGGUGGGGAGGCGGUGCGACAGGAAAGUCGCAAGCAUGGAAGGGACGAGGGAGAGGAGUGGAUGACAGACAGGAAGCAGCAGCACGUGCAUCAGCACCAACACCAGCACCAACACCAGCAGCAGCAGCAGCAGCAGCCGGCGAGCAGCAGCGGGGCGGCGUCGCUGCUAGCAGGCAUGCGCAUUGUGGGUCCAUCUCUGCCCAUGCCCUCCUCCCCCACGGGUGACCCAUCGUCCAGCAACAGUGGGGGCGCAGGCGUGCACCACCACUUCCACUACCACUACCACAGCGCUGGCAGCAGCGCCAAGCACCGUGCUGCCUCCUCCUCCAAGCAACCCACCACUGCUGUCGCCGCCGCUGCUGCUGCCAUCGCAGCUGCUGCUAAGGUUGAAGCCGUUGCCUCUGCUGCUGCCCCUCCUGCCACCCUUAGCGCUCCCUCAGGCCCGGAAACCCCGAGCCUGAGUGUAUCGUCCCUUGUCUCACCUCCCGUGCCCACAAUCUCCCCUUCCACUCAUCUCUCGUCCCCCCUCCCCCCUCUCUUCCCCUUUUCCGCUGCUGUGCGUCCACAGGCUGACAUGCGGCACCCAUGGAACAGAGAGGGCGGUGCAGGAGUGGAGGGGCAGUGCAGGGAGCAAGGCCCUGGCGCCAUCACAGCACGGUUGAUGCGCAGCGUGGGUGGUGAGGGGCCGAGCAAGCACAGCGAGCGGCACCGGGGGCGACAGUACGAGCACAAGCAGCAGAGCAAUCAUCGCUUCCACCCAUACAGCCCCCGCAAGGAGCGCAGUGAUCAGCGCAGCCCCCCCGCCUUUCAUGUCUCUGCUGCUGGCCCGCCCCCCACAGAGGCCAAGGGUGACCUGGGGAAAGGGGAGGGCAAGCACAUGCAGCAGGGAACUUGA